AUGCAAUUCGUUGUAGGAGUUCAGAUUUCUGUAUAUUACAUGUCAAUGUGGCCAUAUUUGAGCGGGAUUGAUAAAUCGGCAGAUAUGGAUUUCUUGGGAUGGGUGAUUGCGGCGUGUAAUAUUGGUUGCACCGUGUCGAACCCGAUUUAUGGGUAUUGGAAUCAGAAGACAUUAUCUUGUAAAUGGCCAACUGUUUGUGGAUUUCUCAUUGCUGCAAUCGGUCAAACGAUGUAUGGGGCAGUGAGCGAAGCGACGAGCAAUGCAAAAUGGUAUCUAUUGAUUGCACGAGUUAUUACCGGAUUAGGAGUUGGGAAUCUGGCCGCUCUGCGAACUUAUGCAGCGACGGCUUCCACACCCAAAGAUCGUCUUAAAGUAAUUUCUUUUGGCACUGCUGGAUUCGUUUUCGGAAUCUCGUUUGGACCAGCAAUAUCGGCUGUAUUCACUCCACUCGGCGAACAAGGUUGGCAUAUUGGUUCAGUUGUGCUCAACAUGUACACGACGCCUGCUUAUCUAAUGGCUCUGAUUUGUCUUUUAGCCGCUUUGGUCAUGCUUCUCAUAUUUGUUGAGGACUAUGCAGGCAUAUUGAAGAAGGAUGAGAACACCGGAGAAAACGAAUUUCACGUCGUCCCAAAAUUCGAUUUGCUUCCUGCACUUGUCUGCAUUUAUCUUGCAAUGAUUGUCAGCAUGCUCGCGAGUAAUAUCGAGGUGUUAUCCACUCCGCUCACCUCGGUAUUAUACGAUUGGAAAGACAGUCAGGCGAUUCUUUAUAACGGAAUCAUCGAGUCUAUAACAUGCUUGGUGUCGGUAGCGAUUAAUUUGAGUAUAGGAAAGACCAGAAUAUCAAAAAUAGAUAAACGACUUCAAAUAAUUUUUGGAUUAAUCGUUUUCAUUUUGUAUCACGUAUUUAAUUACCCGUGGUGGUUCUACUCAGGACCCCUUCAUUAUAUUCCAAGCGGAAGCAAUUCAACCAUCAUUGGUGGAUGUCUGCCGAAUUACGAUUGGUGUCAUUACACCACUAGAGUUCCUAAAGCGAUUUAUAUCUUUUGUUUCAUCGUGUUCUUUGGGGUUGCUUUUCCAUUUGUCGAAUCUCCAGCUUCUGCAUUAUUCUCUGAAAUUUUAGGACCAAGAAAACAGGGAAACAUGCAAGGUCUGUUUUCAUUCGCUGGAAGUGCCACUCCUUUUGUUGCUUCAAUUAUUUUAACAUAUUUGUUCCAACACACUGGCUAUGCCUACAUAAUAAUUGUACAAACAUUCACAUUGCUGAUUGGAUUCGCAUUAGUCCUCAUCUACUACAAACGACUGGUUCCGUUGAAACUUAAACCGAAACCAUUCAAACCAGCCACAUACAAAAACGGCGUGUUUUAUUCUUUAUGA